CCACUUCGUGGCUCCAGAUCUGCAGACCGGCAGGCAGACUCACAUCCUUUUCUUUCCUCUUCCAAGAGCCACUCAACUCCCGGCUGCACUCCUCCAGCCCCCGCGGCCACCGCUCGGGGAACACCGCACCUUGAGCCUGCCUCCCGGUGCAGCGUUGAGCAUCCUCGCCAAGGUCCUUUCUGCUGUCUGUCCCUCCUCCGCACCCUCCAUCACACCUGCUGGUCCUCUUUGCCUCUCUUUCCCAGAAUCGUCAAGCCCCCAAAUCCCGCCGGCGCCUCUUUAGCAACCUCGCCCUUGCCGGUCCCCGUGCAUUCCCAAGUGCCCGGUCUCCUGCACUGUCAUGACCUCCCCCAUUAGCAAGAGCCGCUCCCUUGCCGCCUUCCUACAGCAGCUGCGCAGCCUCGGGCAGCCCCCCAGAGCCGUGACAUCCAGGGCGUGCGCGCCCGCUCAGCCACGUGAGGUGCCCCUCUGCCCGCUGAUGGAGCGCGGCGAGGCGCAGAACGCGGCCGACCUCCCCGGCCCCACCAAGUGGCCGCUGCUGGGCAGCCUGCUGGAGAUUCUCUGGAAAGGAGGACUCAAGAAACAGCACGACACGCUGGCGGAGUACCACAAGAAGUACGGCAAGAUUUUCCGCAUGAAGUUGGGCUCUUUCGACUCGGUGCACCUGGGCUCGCCGUGCCUGCUGGAAGCGCUGUACCGCACCGAGAGCGCCCACCCGCAGCGGCUGGAGAUCAAACCCUGGAAGGCCUAUCGCGACUACCGCAAGGAGGGCUACGGGCUGCUGAUUCUGGAGGGAGAAGAUUGGCAGAGGGUUCGGAGCGCCUUUCAAAAGAAACUGAUGAAACCGGUGGAAAUAAUGAAGCUGGACAACAAAAUCAAUGAGGUCUUAGCUGAUUUUGUGGGUAGAAUAGAUGAGCUGUGUGAUGAAAGAGGCCACAUUGAAGACUUGUACAGCGAACUGAACAAAUGGUCAUUUGAAAGCAUCUGCCUGGUGCUGUAUGAGAAGAGAUUCGGGCUCCUCCAGCAGAACGCAGGGGCUGACGCUCUGAACUUCAUCGCGGCCAUCAAAACAAUGAUGAGCACGUUCGGGAGGAUGAUGGUCACCCCAGUCGAGCUGCACAGGACCCUCAACACCAGGGUCUGGCAGGCCCACACGCAGGCCUGGGACACCAUUUUCAAGUCAGUCAAAUCUUGUGUCAACAACCGAUUAGAAAAAUAUUCGGAGCAGCCCAGCGUGGAUUUCCUUUGUGAUAUUUAUCACCACAAUCAGCUUUCAAAGAAAGAGUUGUACGCUGCUGUCACAGAGCUCCAGCUGGCUGCAGUAGAGACGACAGCAAACAGCUUAAUGUGGCUUCUCUACAAUUUAUCCCGCAAUCCCCAUGUGCAACAAAAGCUUCUAAAGGAGAUUCAGAGUGUGCUGCCUGAAAAUCAGAUACCACAGGCCGAGGAUUUGAGGAAUAUGCCAUAUUUAAAAGCCUGUCUGAAAGAAUCUAUGAGGCUUACCCCGAGCGUGCCAUUUACAACUCGGACUCUUGACAAGGCGAUAGUCUUGGGUGAAUAUGCUUUACCCAAAGGAACAGUGCUGAUGCUAAAUACCCAGGUGUUGGGAUCCAAUGAAGAAAAUUUUGAAAAUUCAAGUGAGUUUAGGCCUGAACGGUGGCUUCAAGAGAAGAAAAAGAUUAAUGCUUUUGCACAUCUUCCAUUUGGUGUCGGGAAAAGAAUGUGCAUUGGCCGCCGAUUAGCUGAGCUCCAGCUCCACUUGGCUGUCUGCUGGAUCAUCCGCAAAUAUGACAUCGUGGCCACGGACAACGAGCCUGUGGAGAUGCUGCACCUGGGCAUCCUGGUGCCCAGCCGGGAGCUCCCCAUCGCUUUCUGCCAGCGAUAAGAGGCUCAGAAUUUUUUUUUUUUUUUUACGAAGACCAAAAACAGCAAUUUUUAUUCUCCUGGAAGAAUGGUGCUUAUGACUUCUACAUUCCUGGAAGGCAAACCUCAAAAGCCAGAGCACGAAGCAGCCCAUAAGAACAUUUAGACACAGAUGUCUAUACUCUGUCUUCUGUGCAAUUGUUCCAGAAGCUGUACUGUCCAUAUAGAUGAUGGUAUUUAUUAAGGUUGUAUCUGACUCAGGGAAGUGGAUUCCAAGCAGAAUCCGAGGCGCUCUCAGGGUAUAUACUGCUGGCUUACGCUUAACCGAUGUCAGCACCACCCGGACUUACAUAGAAUUGUCCAUGAUCCUCUUUUCUCUUGCAUCUUCCAUGACAUGAAAGGGACGCUGAGCGCUUGUCAGUUAGUCUGGUAAAAGCCACUGAAUGUUUCUGUUCCUGCCCUACCAAAUUCGCUGCUUGACUCUUCUCAGGAUUAAGUGUACAUUUCUCAACGGAAGGGCUGCCACAGCUCAGUUUUCUGGAGCUCGGGGUAUUAUGGACAAUCCAUUUAUUCUAACUCCAUUUAAUGUAGUAUUUGGGAAAAUACUUGCUAAUAAUGUAAGCAAAGUUAAAUGUUGGUUAAAGUUAGCAGGCCCCCAGGAAACUGUGUUUUUCCUGUGUUGAAAUGAAAACACCAGGAAAUUAGAAAAUAUCUCUAUUUUAAGAAGUACUUGAAUGAAGUCAAAACCUCUUAUCUAAGAAUAUCUUGAUGAUUGGCUGUGACAUCAUUUUGUUAAAGGACCCUGAAAUCUUUUAUUUAGUUAAUGUAUUUCCUCUGUGGCAUUAAGGAGCAGAUCAACAGGUUUCAAAUUGUGUGUGUGUAUGUUCUGAUGGCAGUUUGCUUAAGUCAGACUUAAAAACAUAUAUGGUGUUUGAUUCAGGAUCUGUGGUAAAGUUCAGUCACAGCUUAAAAAUGUUCAGUGUGAUCUUAAGAAAGGGACUUCCCCUGCCUCAAUUUUCCCAUGUAUAAAAUGGGACAGUAGUAAAAUGUGCAUACAUUAUAGAUUCACCAUGUAACACUUGUUAUGUGAUUUGAACUUCUUGGGGAAAAUAUGAUUUUAUAAAUGGAAAAUGUAUAGACAUUUAUGCAAUACUUAUAAAACUUUCUAAAAAAUUGUGUUUGCAUAUGGUUUAUUUUCACAUAUUUUCACUACCGCGUUUCCUAAAAGCAGACGGUGGAUCUCUGUAUAUUUGAUAAAGAUUUCUUUUUAGUUUAUAUUUUUAGACUAUUUCAGAAGUAUACAUUCAUAUCUUCAUAUUUUAAUAAGUAUGUACAUAUAACUAGAAUAAGUAUAUGCUUUCUCCCUGCUGUGGAAUUACAUGUAGGAUUAUAAAUCCACCUGUGUUGUCAGAUUUCAUCUGUGUGUCUUCUUUGAAUUCUCUGAAAGUAAGAAUAAAAGUUUAAAAAAA